GUCUGCGUUUCCGAUGAAGUUCGCGGGACCUGUCACCGGAAGUUAGGCUUCUACUUCCGAGUCAAAGCCAUGGCGGUGGCAAAUUCAAGUCCCGUCAAUCCAGUGGUCUUCUUUGAUGUCAGUAUUGGCGGCCAGGAAGUUGGUCGCAUGAAGAUCGAGCUCUUUGCAGACGUGGUGCCUAAGACGGCAGAGAACUUUAGGCAGUUCUGCACUGGAGAAUUCAGAAAAGACGGCGUUCCGAUAGGAUACAAAGGAAGCACCUUCCACAGGGUCAUAAAGGAUUUCAUGAUUCAGGGUGGAGAUUUUGUUAAUGGCGAUGGUACUGGAGUCGCCAGUAUUUACCGGGGUCCAUUUGCAGAUGAAAAUUUUAAACUUAGACACUCGGCUCCAGGCCUGCUUUCCAUGGCAAACAGUGGUCCCAGUACAAAUGGCUGCCAGUUCUUUAUCACGUGUUCUAAGUGUGAUUGGCUGGAUGGAAAGCAUGUAGUGUUUGGGAAAAUCAUUGAUGGACUUCUAGUGAUGAGGAAGAUUGAGAAUGUUCCCACAGGCCCCAACAAUAAGCCCAAACUGCCAGUGGUGAUCUCACAGUGUGGGGAAAUGUAAUCUAGACAAGACUGAACCAGGUGAAAGGAUGUUUUCUGAAACAGACACAAAAAGAAAUGCACCAAAAAACCUCUGGUGGUGUUUUGGCGGCUUCUUGCCGCUUCCUCGGACUUGGACGGAUUGGCAGAGUGAUGUCAGCUGAUACUGACUCGUGAGGUGUUUUGUUGAAGCAAGACUUGUGGGAUCUUUACUUCAUUGAGAGAAGCACAGCAGAGAACUGCACUUGGUAUCCAUGUGGGCACUGGUCCCUCCUGCUGACACUUGCUGAUUCAUCGGAGGUCUGGCUGUUCCUGCUGGGUGACACCAUUGCUGCUGAUUCAUGUCUGCCAUCUUGUCUGCUGUACUGGACUGCUGGUAUCCUGACAAUUGGAGAUUGAAAUUACCCCAAGGAACUACUUCUAAACUACAGACAGCAGAGCCUCUCGGUUUCCUCUGGAUAGACCUGCCGAUGCUGAUUCGUGUGAACUGCACUGAUUAUAUCCUGACAGCACAGUUGGAUUUUCUCCAAAGAACUAUUUCUAACAAGUUCACUUCCCUGUAACCUAAUAACCUCUUUCCCUCUACCUUUGGUGGGUGGUGGACUAGAAGGGAGGUUAAAGCGUUUAAGAACCCUUAUUAAAGACCUGCACCGGG